UAUGUUCUUUUUCUGAAGUUAAUUGUCAGAUAUUUAUAUUAACUCCGAGUCCGCCAGAAGUGAUCAUAAUCUCCGACUUUGUUGUGGUUGGCAUUGUAUUUAGAACACAAUUACAGUAUUAUUUUCUUGUAAGUGAUUGGAAACUUAACCUUAAUUCGCUUUAACUUAAACUGGCAUGUUGGAUAGGGUAUGCUUUUUGCAGGCUGUGCAUGACAUCGCUUAUUAAAUUGUUUGAUAGCGCUUGUUAGCUUAUUCUGCUCCAAGUAUCUGUCCAUGAGGCCAAUUUCUGUUAAUUAAAUUACAUUAAAUUACAUAUGCUUUUAUGUACGUGGUUUUGGUUAUUUGAAUUCUGAUUUAUCGUAAAUAUGUGAUGUUUUAUUCUUGCCUGCGGAUAAAAGGUCAGCUUUUAUCCUGUAUAUCCUAAUUCCCAUACAGUCAUUCUCCAAGUGGGUUGUGCAGUGUCAUUGCCUUUGUUAACUGUAGUCUUUACUAUGGUUAAAGUAAAAAAAAUAAAAAAUAAAAAUACUAUGGUUAAAGUGCAUUUUAUCCCGUUUGUUCAUGCGGAUAGGAUGGCAGGAAGAGGGCGAGGUCGGGGCAUAGCAGCCUUCACCUUCAACAUUGAAGCUUUGGGGCUGAGUAGGGGGGCACUUCCUGAGACGGCACUUGGUCCUAUACCCCUCUUCCCACCAGUGGAGUACAAGCCAGUGCCUCUAAAAUCUGGAGAAGAUGAAGAAUAUAUGCUUGCCCUGAAACAAGAAAUUAGGGCAACAAUGAAAAAUCUGCCUUACAAUAUCCCAGUGCCUGAGGAGAAGCCCGAUGUUGAACGAUACAAAGAGAAGUAUACGCAGAAGGUAUAUAAAAACAAGCACAAUACAUGGACACCAGAUUGGCAGCGCCUUCCAAAGGAGUUGAUGCCCCAAAAGAAAAAGAAAACUAAACCUAAGGUGACGAAGCAAGUCAAGGCAACUUCAAAGAAAGAGAAAGAAGACUUGCUCUCUAAAUUAGAUGAGCUAGAAAAGAAAGAUCAGAAAUCUGAUGACGAGACUGGAGAAAAGGCAGCAGAUGAAGGAGAAGAUGAAGAAGGCGGUGAGGGUGUGGAAGGGGGAGAAUUUGAUGAGGAGGAGGCCGAAGAGGAAAAUGACUACAUUGCCAGCUACUUCGAAGAUGGUGAUGACUUUGGAGGCGGGAGUGAUGACAAUAUGGAUGAAGCUACCUACUAGCUUGCCCAAAAGCUGUCUUCACAUUGCUUUUUUGCUUUGGUAUAUCCUAAAUAUCCCUUCUUUGGUCUUUUUUCCCGUUUAUUCUGUAUGGAAAAAUGUCCAAGUUUGGAUUGAUAUUUAUUUAUGUUACCAUUUCUGAUAGAAUAUGGUAUAUUGUGAAUAGUACUUCAGAAAAUCCAUGAUUUAUAUUUAUUCAUUUUUCCCCCUGUGUUACCAAUGCUUUCCUGGGAAAAAAAAUCCCACAUUAAAGAUGAAAAUGAUA